AUGCUGGAGCGUUGGCGCGUUCUUGCAACGCGAACGCCCGAGUUUUUAUAUGCGAAACUCUCAAGGGCAUUGAUGCCGCUUUUCGGCAAUUCGUCGGCUUCUGUUGCUCUACGAUACCGUUGUCUUCUGCUUAUUGUCACGAUUUAUUUGAUCUACGUGAAUUAUGAGCAACAAACACGAUUGGGUUUAAUUAUCGCCGAAAAAGAUCAACAAUUGGGCGAUAUUGAGCGGCGAGAAACUAGUCUUUCACAAAAAAUGCGAAUCAUUUGGGAGCACAAGAGACGAAUCGAGAAGUUGAUGGAAGAAAAGAAUGACGAGAUGGGCAGAAUACGAAAAAUGAUGAAAUUGAAAGAUUCUGAAAUUCUAACAAUGUCUCAGAGAAGCGAAAAAUGCGAAAUUGAGCUCGACGAGUGUAAAGCCAAACGAAUUGGUCAAACUACCAGCACCACACCUAUUGUUUUUCAAGAUGUUUCAGCAUUGAAUUACAGAAUUGGUAGCUUAGAGGAAGUCGUUAAGCGUUCAACGAGCGAUUUGCACAACAAAACAAUGGAGCUUGCGAGUUGCCGGGAAACACUCAAAAAAUACACGGGGGUAAAUUCAUAA